CAUUUUGAGCUUACGACAGAGGUGUAGGAGGAUGUUUAUAAGUUUUGUGUAGUGCUAAGAUUUGUGACAAAAAUAAUGACGGCGAACCCGUGCGGAUUAUCCCAAGAUGUGUCAUAAGUCCCGUGGGAUGUUCAUCUUGUGGGAUUGAACUCUUACGGCUUUCGAUGGGAACGCUCUUGUCGUAAAACCUGAUCUCAAUCAGCGUAACUCGGUGGCGCCUCCCUGGGGGUCGGGGCCAUGAUCGAAGUUGGUGGGGAGUCCAAUGGAGAGCAGCCGGGCACUGACCAUGAGUCUUUACAGUCGACUACCCCCGCCGUCGCCAGUCUCCUGCAGGCCACCCAGGCUUCAGGGGACCUCCUCGCUCACUCCAGGGCCCCUCAGGUGCGCGGCAUGGUCUCAUCUGCGGAGGCCUCGGCCCACGAGGUGGCCACCACGGUGGCCGUGGUGACCAGCUCGGAUGUGUCCCUAACUGGGUCGCCCACCUCCUCCUAUCAGCACUAUUUGGCUCCGACUACAGUGUCCAUAGGAGGCCAUAUCGAGAACAUCACCAUUCCGGCACAGGUUUCUGUGACAAGUCCUGGUGUUGCUGUGGCAGCUGCCGCCACCUCACAGAACCUGGUGCGCAUUUUGGCGGCUGCGAGCCAGCAGAACUACUCCUCUCCGUCGUCCACCCCUACAACCAGCCGGUUGACGACCACGGGGUUGGGACUGCCGAGUUCGUCCAGCCGUCUCUCUGCCACCAGCCCGGCUGCAUUGCUGGCCACCACGCAGCCUCCUGCCCAACAGCAGGCCAUCGUCAUGGAUACCUUGACACAGGACGAACAGCAGCGCCUGCUCUCGUACAGUAGUGGCGUGAUGGCCAGCCCCUCGCCUCCUCGAACUCCUCAGCGGUCGCCGACCGUGUCGUCGUUGAGUGCGUUGCCCCCACAGUUUGCAGUGCCCCCCAAACAGAGUACUACUAAUGUGCUACCUGUGCCCCCCCUGCCCCCUCCUCCUCUCCCUGUGUCCUCCCCCACGGCAUCUACGAGUGGCACAGCAGUGUCCAGUCCCACUAGACCUGGCGGCCUCCUCCAGCUGGUAGGCGUCGAGUUGCCUCGUGCGGCCAAGCGCAUCAAGCUGGAGGUGCGGCCGCCAGCCAACGAGGAAGUGGCUGCCAUGCGGCAGCGGGUCUACUGAGCACCGGUGCCGGGCGAUCCUUCGCAACAAGAAACGCUAUGUGGAACACCUGACGGAAGUUGUUUUUUCUCCAGAAUGGGGGAAACAUGAUGGACUACAUUGCAUGGAAGCGGCGGCCCACGCCGCAGCUGCUCGCGAUGCUGCGGGCUCAUGCACUUGACAGUGAGGACGAGGAGGAUCCCGCCCGGUUGCUAGACACGCGGCCUCCGAGUGCAUUACUAGCAGCAGCGACGGUCUCCUCAGCCGCUGCGGAUGACUACGGCCGCUGCAGCGAUGGCGGCAGCCGUGGUUACCACGACGGUUGUCGCCGGCAUGCUGUCAUCUUCG